AGUGUGUGUUUAUCUUUGUGUGUGUGCAUCAGUGUGUAUUGUGUGCUUGUGCGUCAAUGUGUGUGUGUAUGUGUGUGUUUGUGCGUCAGUAUGUGUGUGUGUUUGUGCGUUAAUCUGUGUGUGUGCAUGUGUGCGCGUCAGUGUCUGUGUGUGUUUAUCUGUGUGUGUGUGUGUUUGUGCAUCAGUGUCUGUGUGUGUUUGUGCGUCAGUGUCUGUGUGUGUGUUUGUGCGUUAGUGUCUGUGUGUGUGCGCGUUAGUGUCUGUAUGAGUUUAUCUGUGUGUGUGUGUUUGUGCGUUAGUGUCUGUGUGUUUGUGUGUCUGUGUGUUUGUGUGUGUGUUUGUGCAUCAGUGUGUGUAUGUUUCUGCAUGCAUGUGUGUGUGUGUGCGCGCGCGUGUGUGUGCAUCAGUGUGUGUGGGUUGUCUGCCUGUGCAUGUUGAGUGCAGUCAGGAUUGAAAAGGGAUUCCACAUAUAAGCAGAUCUGAAGGACUGUCCCACCAGGCAAGAGCCCCGUCGCCCUGUGACCUCCACUCAGGCACACAUCUCUGCCUUCAGAGGACAUGCAGGGAAAAUCAAAGCAGCCGUGAUGUUUGCUUUUACUGUGGAACAUGUGGAUGCACUAAAACCCCUCCAAGCCCUUAGCAGGGUGAAUCACCUUUGACGUGGAAGCAGCCCAGUUACAUUGGGAAGCUGGCGGCAGUAUUGGUUCAGCCCUCAAGUACAGAGCCAACAACAGAGCCAAAACAGAUAACUGGUGCCUCGAUAAAGAAUUGUUGGGAUUAGCUUAACCCGGGUGAAGCUCAAAGUAUAAACAGGAGAGCCGUUGCAAAGCCCAGACGCCUCCGGAGAGAUCGGAAGGGAGGUCCCCCCUCCCGAGAGCAGAGCCUUGCCUGCUGCCCGACCCACUGGCCGGGCACUGAGUCAGGAGGGAGCACCCGGACGGGAAGGAGACGAUUUGCCAGAGUUCUCAGCAUUCCCAGGUGCGGCGAUGUUACGGGAUCGGAGGAAAGGAGGGGCAGGGAUGCCGCUUGCCUGCGCCAACUGAACAGGAUGCUGCUUUAUAAUGGGAACGACGGAGCAGUGGAGAGCGACGAUUAUUCCCCAGGCGUGCCACAAGUGCAGUCAGAGAAAUAGUUUGCCGUCGGACCUUCAGCGGCAGAGCGGACUUUGCGAGGGAAGGGCGCAGUGAUUGGAGAGAACGGUUUGAUGCGCGGCAGAGUUCUGUGGCAGCAACCGGCGCAGACCAGAGCCGACGAGGAGGUGUGUCCUGGACUUCUGAUGGCAGGAGGGAGGCUGCCUUAGGCCCGGCUUCAGACUGUUGUCACCACAGGGCACCGGCAGUCUGGCACUUGCGGCCCUCCACAGCGAGAUGGAACCCAAGCACACCGCGCUGAGCUCGGCUCAGCUACAGGACUCCAGUGGCAUGGGGCAAGGCAACAGGGAGUGGACGUCCCUGCCCAGAGAGCAGCCCGGCACCUUCGCCGAACAGGUGGCGCCCCGGCGGACGAUGGAGGCCGCACAGCCUUAUUACCGGGCCCUGCCUUCCGAGGCUGCCCCGCCCCCUCCUCCGCCCCCUCCCCCUCCGCCGCCUCCUCCCCCCCACCACCAGCACCUGCUCGCCAGCCACUACCGCUACCCCCACCCGCCGUUCCCAGCCUUCCCCCGCCACCAGCCCAGCGCCCCGGCUUACCAGCCCAACCCCAGCCCCGAGCCGGGCCCCGAUGGCAGGGCCUGGCAGUUCGGUGGCCAGCCGGAGACCGGCAGGACCCCGGAGCCCUUCCUUGGCCCUCCCCAGGCCCGGCCCCACCAGGGGAAGAAGGCGGGGGCCCCGCCGGCCUUCCGCCACUUCCAGCAGGGUGCGCUGGGCCCCAGGGACGAGCGCAAGGCCCGCAAGCCAGGCCGCCACAUCUGCCCGUACUGCGGCCGGGCCUGCGCCAAACCCAGCGUGCUGAAGAAGCACAUCCGCUCCCACACGGGCGAAAGGCCGUACCCCUGUGGCCCCUGCGGGUUCUCCUUCAAGACCAAGAGCAAUCUCUACAAGCACCGUAAAUCGCACGCCCACGCCAUCAAGGCCGGCCUGGUGCCCGUGGCCGAGCAGGGGGCAAGCCCCGGCGAGGAGCCCGAGCUGCCCUCCGAGGGUGACGAGAGCACGGACACGGACGAGGAGGUGCGGCUGGGCGGCAGGCCCUCGCCCCGGGGGGAACUGGAGGCCUCAGUCACUGGGGGCGACGAGGAGGCCUACCUCCGGGCCGGGUGUGGCGGCCCACCAGCCGAGGAGGAGCCCCCACCCCCUCACCCCCACAUGAAGGUUCCCAUCCUCAUCGUGCCCAGGGCCUCGGGGGGGGCGGGCGGCCAGACUGAGGCCCCCGCCUUCGUCAAGGCUGAGCCCUGCCCGAGCCCCAGCUACGGCGGGCAGCGGGCUGUUAAGCAGAAGCUGGCGCUGAGGCUGAGCGAGAAGCGAGGCCAGGACAGUGAGCAGUCGUCCCUCAACCUCCUCAGCCCCCACAGCAAGGGGAGCACGGACUCCGGCUAUUUCUCCCGCUCGGAGAGCGCUGAGCAGCAGGCCAGCCCGCCCAACACCAACGCCAAGUCCUACGCUGAGAUCAUCUUCGGCAAGUUCGCCCGGCUGGCUCCCAGGCCACUGGUGGCCAACGUCGCCGCCCAGGAGCCCCAGCUGGUGGGUCUGAAGGAGAAGGCCGAGGCCCUGCCCCUGCCCCUGCCCCUGCCCAGCUCCAAGCCCGACAUCGAGAAGCUGAUCGAGGAGCACAUCAUCCAGCUGAUCGCACGCAACGAGGUGCUGAUGGAGCCAGCCCAGGCUGGUAGCGGCAAAGUCCGGCCGUACUUCUUACCUGGGGAGGACGGAGCCUUGGCCUUGCAGCCCAGCAGCAAGGCCGAGGCCUACCGCCUCGGCUCCCGGCUGGCCCAGGCCGAGACGGAGUUGUUGGGCAUCCCCGCUGCCGACAGCGGGGAGAGCGCCCCGCUCAUCCGUAGCAACUCAAUGCCCAUAACCUCGGGCAGCGGCUUAGGCGUGCCGCAGGUGCUCCGGGGCAGCCACUCCUUUGACGAGAGGAUGACCUCAUCCGACGACGUCUUCCACUCCAGCUCCGCAAUCCUGUCCCACCAGCGGCUGCUGAAGAGGCAGACAGCCAUCGAGCUCUUCCCUGGCCUGGAGGCUCCGUCCCUGUCCGACGAGGCCGAGGCCGGGCACACCCUCCCGCGGGGCGUGCUGGCGCCCAAGGCAGAGGAAGGAGAGUCCGGCGAGGCGGAGGCCCGGUGGGGGCAGAGGGGCCAGGGCUCAGUGUUCGAGUGCGAGGCGUGCGGCGUGAAGUACCAGAUCUGGGACAACUUCGAGGCCCACCGCAGGUUCUACUGCAUGCCAACGCACGGGCCAAGGGCCAAGGGCCUGGCCCACCGGGCCGCUGCCCCCAGCGAGGUCUGCCCAGAGUACCCGGGCCUACCUCAGGCCCCUUCCCACAAGCCCGGCCAGGGCCCAGAGAACCUGCCCUUCCGCAAGAGGAGGAAGGAGAAGAGCGUGGGGGACGAGGACGAGCUCGCUGGUGACUACGGGAGCACGUACAGCGGCUCCAGCACCUCCCUGGCCUCCCUCUGCGACUCCAAGGCCGAGAGCCUCGACCAGGAGCCGGCGGUCAGGGCCCCUCCCGUCCCGCCACCCGGCGCCCCAAGGGUCGCCGAGGGUUACAAGCUGGGCGGCCUGGCAGACGAGAAGGAGGUGCAUGGGCAGGACGAGGGCCCCGGCGCCCCCGAGACCUGGCCUGCCUCGCCUCAGGCCUGCCGCAGACCCGGUGGCAAUGAGAUCUCCGUCAUCCAGCACACCAACUCCCUUAGCCGGCCCAGCUCCUUCGAGCGCACCGAGUCCAUGGAGGUGACUCCCUCCCUCCAGCCCGGGGACUCUGCCUCGCCCUCCGAGGCCCAGGACGUCCCUCAGCCCGAGUCAUCUGAGGCGGCAGCCCAGUCGGGCCUAGCCUCUUCCCUGUCCCCUCAGCCCAAGCUGGUCCGCCAGCGCAACAUCCAGGUCCCCGAGAUCCGGGUGACCGAGGAGCCAGACAAGCCCGAGAGAGAGCAGGAACCUCCGGCCAAGGAGCCUGAGAAGGCUGCAGAAGAGUUCCAGUGGCCCCAGCGCAGCGAGACACUGUCCCAGCUGCCAGCCGAGAAGCUGCCACCCAAGAAGAAGAGGCUGCGACUGGCCGAGUUGGAGUACUCGUCCGGGGACUCCAGCUUCGACUCAGGCACCUUGAGUCGCAGUCCCAGCCAGGAGAGCAACUGGUCGCACAGUUCCAGUUUCUCCCUCUCGCUGGACAGGGAGGAGGGGGCGAGGGGGGCGACAGAGCCGGGCCGAGCGCCCGCCGAGUACCUGACUGUGCCCUAUGGCACUGCUGGGCCCCAGCAGAAGGAGAUGAGGCGCUCAGCCUCUGAGCAGACGCCCUGCCAGCCGUGCGCCGAGGCGGCGGAGGCCCGCAGCAAGUCCUUCGACUACGGGAGCCUGUCGGCCGGCCCGGGGCCCCCGCUGCGCGCCUCCUCGCCUGUGGCAGCAGAGAGGAGGAGGUGCUUCCUGGUCCGGCAGGCCACCCUCAGCCAGUACUCGGAGAGCCCGCAGGGCGAGCAGGCUGCCGAGCCGCCCGAGCCCAUGCAGCUGGGCCAGGCCUACCCCCGGCUCCGCUCGCCGUCUCCAGGCUGCCGGUCACCCGGCAACGAGGCCUCCUCCUCCUCCUCCCCCCAGCUCCAGGCCCACCCCUACUUCCCAGGUGAGGGCCCGGCCUUCGGGCCGCGCCCCUACCCCACCCCCGAUGCCUACGGCCCCUGGCGGGCCCUCCCCCCGGAUCCCGAGGCCUGGCCGGCCGAGGUUAGGCCUCAGGCUCAGGCCAGGCCAGGCCGCUCGCCCUCGCCCCGCGCCUCGCCGCACCACUCGCCCUGCCGGGCCGCCCCACUAGGCCCCAUUGCCGCCGGCUCCCGGCCCGCCCCCCCGCUGCUGGUCCCAGUCAGGAUCCAGGCCCAGGUGCCCAGCUACGGCAGCGUGACCUACACCAGCGUCUGCCACUCGGCCGCCUCCUCGCGCCGCCAGCCGGGUGGCCUGCCCCUGCGCUCCAGGGCGGAGGAGCAGGCCUCGGGCCGGGCUCCCUCCUCCUCCUCCGCCCAGAGGGGUCCCUUCCUGCCCUGGCGCUUGGCCCCCUCUCCGGCCGGGCGCACUGGCCCGGAGCCGGGCCCGCCCCUGCCCCUGGGCCUGGCAGAGGGCUGCUCGCCCGCCGGAGGCAGCAAGCGGGUGCUGUCGCCUGCCAGCAGCCUGGAGCUGGUGCUGGAGAGCCAGCAGCAGAAGCGGGUGAAGGAGGAGAGGAUCUGUGGGCAGAUGAUGGAGAAGCUCAGCCUGCAGGAGUCCUCCUCCCCACCCUCCUCCUCCCCCUCCUCCUUCUCCUCCUCCAUCGCUGCCCCGGCAACCAAGCCCCUCAAGCCCCAGCUGGUGAGGCAGCGCUGCACCACCGAGCUGAGGGAAGGCCGGGCCUCCUCGCCCUCGCUUUCCUCCUCCUCCUCCUCCUCCUCUUCCUCCUCCUCGCAGGACCUCCGGCCCCGUCCCCUCCCCGAGGUGGAGGGCGCCGGCGGAGAGAGCCCCCUGGCCCCCUCACCCGAGCCGCCCCCCUCCGCUGCCCACCGCUUCCCCAUCAGCAUGGUGGUGCAGGCGCCCUCGGGGCUGGGGGGCACCCUCCUGCUGGCCGACGCCUCCGACCUGCAGCAGUUCCUGCAGUUCCCCAGCCUGCGCAGCGCGGUGACCGUCAGCUGGUGCUUCCUGAACUACACCAAGCCCAACCCCGCCCGCCAGACUGCCCCCAAGUCCUCCAUCUACGCCACCUGGUGUGUCAGCUCGUACAACCCCAACCCGCCCGGCACGCCCACCAAGGUGGCCCUUGCCUUGCUGCGCUCCCGCCAGAGGGCCUGCCCGGAGAUCUACAUCACCUCCGCCGUCGGAUGGCCCAGUGCCGGCAAGUUGGUGGCUUCCAGCCGGUGGAAACAGCGACUAGCACAGAUUAAGUGGUACGAAUCUUCCCAGCAAGAGAGUGACAGAACUGGAAGGAAAACAGCAGGAAGUUUGGAGAAGGAGAGGGAUAAGAUGGAGACGUGUGUCACCAAAGACCAUGGAACCAAGAUGAUUGAGCCCACAAGGAUUAAAAUCUUUGACGGAGGCUACAAAUCCAACGAAGAUUAUGUUUAUGUGAGGGGGAGAGGAAGAGGGAAGUAUAUCUGCGAGGAAUGUGGAAUCCGGUGUAAAAAACCCAGCAUGCUGAAGAAACACAUCCGCACACACACAGACCUCCGGCCUUUCAUGUGCAAGUUCUGUAAUUUUGCCUUCAAAACAAAAGGAAACCUGACAAAACACAUGAAGUCGAAGGCUCACACCAAGAAGUGCUUGGAGCUGGGAAUAGCAAUAACCUGCAUGUACAGCACCGACACAGAAGAAACAGGAAUACCGGAUGAGACAGAGAAAGACACCCUGAACGAAGUGCCGGUCCUUCACCAGUUCUCAGACCCCGAGGACACAGACGGAGCGGAGGAGGAGGGAGAUGAAGACGAGGACGAUGAGGACGAUGACGAUGACGACAGGCAAGGAGACAGCACGCCGACCACGAGAUCUCGGAGUACGAGCCCCUUGGCCCGCAGUUCCAAGCCACCCUCAGUUACGUUUAGCAUCACCUCAGCCUCCUCAUUUGACAUUGCUCAUUCAAACAAUCAAUCUUCCCUCAUCAGCUACCUUGUCACAGUACCGAGGAUCCAAGUGACUCAGCUCAUGCCCCCUAGUUAUUCUCAUGCAGGGUCUUCACUGACUGAUUACCAGAGGCAUUGGCACAACAGGUUAAUGGAAUCGAUGGAGUACAAAGACAGACUAGACAUACCAGCCACAACUGGCUUGUGGCUCUCGCAGACUGAAGACGGGUCUUCGCGUGAGGACAGUUCCAGAGAAAUGUCCCCCUCCGGAGACACAGGUUCAAGCACUCAGCCCUCGCCAGCGUACGAGGGGUCUCCGGGGAGGGACACGUCCCCGACGUCUCGCAGGUACCUGUCUCCGAGAAGGGACCUCUCGCCCAGGCCGCACCUGUCUCCCAGGCGGGAGAUAUCACCUUUAAGGCACCGGUCACCAAAGAGGGAAACCCACCUGAACGAUUGGUCUCCGAAGAGAGAUGCCUCUCCGCGCAGGCACUUCCUUCCGAGGAGAGAGAUUUCAUCGCCGAGGCAGGUCUCCCCUGCGAAGGACCUCUCCCCGAGAAGGGAGCUGUCUCCCAGGAGGGAUUACAAGGAAAGGAGGCACAUGCCAUUGAUAAGGGCAACUUCGCCACGGAGAGGCUCAUUCCAAAGUGAAUAUGUAAUGGGCCAGUAUAUGCAACAUUCAGAAUUGAACCUGAGACAAUCCCGGCAGAACCCGUAUGAUGCUAGCAGGGCACCACCAUGGCCCUGGUACCACGGGGAGAAUGCCCAGGGAGAUCAGAACCACUGCCUCCUCCCCGAGGCUCAGCCAGGCUGCCUCUUCACUCACCUGCCUCUGCACUCCCAGCAACAGGUGAGGGCCCCCUACCACAUGAUUCCAAUCGGGGGCAUCCAGAUGGUCCAGUCCGGGGCUCCGGCCUUUCCCGGAAUCCAACCGGCCCCCCAGGUCUCCCUGCGAGGCAGGCAGAGAGAGGAGAGCAUCAUCGACGAGGCCACCCACUGCGUCAUCGAGAGCAUCAAGGAGAUGGACAUCUUCUCCAAGGCCGAGGAGGGGCCGGCGCCCUCCCCGAUGGCCGUCUCGCCACCCAGGCCAAACGUUGCCGAGGGACCGGCCUCACGAGGCCCGGAGGCUGAGGAGGCCUGCCCCCAGCCUGCCCUGGAAGACCAGGCCCUCCCCAGCCGCCCGGAGCCAGCGCGGGCGUUCACAGCCCACCCCCAGAUGGACGAGACCUACGACAGGCUCCGGCAACCGGAGAUGGCGGCCCACCACCCGCUGGGCACCGAGCGCUUUGGCGGGCCGCGCCCCUCCGAGGGAUCGGCCUCCUUCCCCCGCCAGCAUGCCGAGGCCUACCUCGGGGGAGAGGGGACGGCGGACGACAGGCCCGGGAACGCAGACGGGACGCGAUGACCCCCCCCCCAAGCCUCCAGAUGCACUUCAGGAACGCCCUUGCUGUCGGCGAGAAGACGAGGUGGCGGUCAGCAAGGAGGCCGUAAGGCAAGGAGGGCGGGUGGUCUUCACACCAACCUUCGCCCGCCUUUGGACCUGACCCCACAGAAAUAUUUUCUAUUUGUUUGUUUUUCAAAAGAAAAAGAAAACCCUGACCAAAAUUAACCUGCAGGCUUACUUUUAUUGUCCUGUUACGUACUUUUCUUCGAUGUUGCAAAUAUUUUGUGCCUUUUAUUUCUGCUUGUACCCUGUAUGCAAAAUGACAGAAAGGGAGAAUUUGUACAUAUUUUAAACAUUGUGUACCUGCUUAACAAUUGUACUGUUUUCUCUCUAGAGCACUUGGUGGGGUUCGGGGUGGCUUGGGGAGGGGUUUGUCUUAAAUGAUGUGAAUGAUUUAUUUGAAACGGUUUAGUUUUUUUCUCUCUGGGUCGGAGGUGAGUGGGUCGGGAUAUCGUUACACAUGUGAAGUUGCACUAAAAAUGUAUUUUUAUACAAUUGAACUACUCUUGUGUACAGCAAAUGAUUCUGUGAUACUAAAUAUUUAUUAUUUUUGUUUUAUAAAUCGCAAAUGUACUUUCCUCUGCCCCUGCCCCUCUCUGUGUAGAUGCCUCUUACAUGAAGCAUGGGAUUUGUACGCUGUAGAUAUCUUGCUGCUAAGAUCUUAAAAUGUGAGCACUACCAUCAGACCCAGUGCCCCGAUCGCUUGACAGUCUAAGUCAUUGCAUUGUCCUGAACAUCUUUCCGAACAUCUUUCCGGUCUCCUUUUAAAUAUUGAGACAAGGUAGGAUGACGAGAGGGGGAGAAACAGUCUCCAAACUGGAUCCCUUUGAAGGAGAUGGAUUCGGUAACACCUGAGUAGUCAUUUCAAUGUUCCUAUCUCUCUCUCUCUUUCUUCCCCCGCCAUCCCUCAUAAUACUUCGACGCCAGAGAGAGAGGGGCGUGGGUGAUCUUCUUGCCCAGCUGCCUUCAGGGGCUAGGUGCUAAGACAUUUCUUCCCAACAAGAGUUUUGCUUCCAACCCUCCUAGUCCCUGGUUCCAUGGUGGGCUGACCAAGGUAGGAUGAAGGACACCUUUUCCUCUCCACCUUCAGAUACCUGCUGGGGAAGGUAGAUAGUUAACCUGUUAAAUGCCUGAGGUACAAUAAAAGCCCCAUAGAUUCCCCCCCAGGUAGCAGACCUGGGAAAUAUAUCCCUGCUCCUUCAUCAUCACUGGGUCUAAAUCCUGGAAUUCCAUGUCCCCUUCCAAGUCACAAACCAUCCUGACUUUCAUGUUUCAUCUUGACUUCGGGAAAAAAGAAUUGCCUCUCCUUCAUCUUCCCAGGGUCCAGGUCCUGGAACUCCUUCCCCAACAGCACAGUGGGAGCACCUUCACCAGAAGGACUGCAAUGAUUGAAGAAGGCGGCUCACCACCACCUUCUCAAGGGGCAGAUAGGGGUAGGCGAUAAAUUCAGGCCUUGACAGCAGUGAGCAGAUCCUUAAAACAUGAAUAAAUAAGAAAAGAAAAGCUCCCAUCCUCUGGACUAUGUCCUUUCCCCUCCUGGUUUUCCUGCCCUGCUCCAAGUCACAAGUAAAUCCUAUUUUGGCAAUGGAAAUUAGAACACGCCAAGGUAAUUUGAUGUGCUCUCUUUGUAAUGACCAGUGAUUCUAGGGCAUAAUUUAGUUGUGAAAGUCAGGGUGAAGAUGGUGAUGCCUACUAAUUUUUUAUAUAUUGAACGAAAACAAUGUACAGUGAUUAUGCACUUAAAAAAGAUUGAAAACUGAUGACUGCAUAUAUUGUAAUCAUUUGAAUUAAAUUUUUAAUCCAGAUUGUUGCUGUAUUCAUUAUAAAUGAAGAGAUUAUCAGUGAUUUUUAAAUAUAGUACUGUUUAGCAUUAAUUAAAUUGUAUCUGGGCUGUGUGCAUCAUUUUAGAGCUUUAAAUAUGAUGGUUUAAGAUUUAAAAAAAUCACUUUAAAAGAUAUUUUAAACUGAUAAGUGAAUAUGUUUUUUUUGUGUAUGUGCUUGAUAUAUUAGCAAAGACAGAAAAGAAUACAUUCCAAAAAUUUGUACAUAUUGUAUAUUUCAAGUGAGCUAUCUGUGCAAUUUCUGUGUAAGUACUUAUAAACUGACACUGUCGCCACAUUUCCUGUUAUUACACUUUACUGUACAGCAGAGACUUUAACAACGAGCUUGAUUAAAAGCACAGAACUGUCAUUAAAAG